ACAAUGUUCACUUUGUGUCUAAGGAAGAAGUUAUCCAGGAUUGCUAGCUGGCAGACAGUCAGACUGCAGGAACGCUAACUUGGUCGCAAUAGUGACUGAUUUAUCCAACAAGUAUUAAAGCUAAAAGUGGAAGCUCUCGGGUACCACACACCGCAGAGUGUUGAUUUAUAAGUUUUGGGAAAGCAGGAAAACGCUGCGGAUAGCGGACCUUUAAUAACUGACAGCAGCUGCUGAGGAAGCUCAGAGAGUAUCAUUAGAUUCAGUCAUGUCUGCGACCGGAGACUUCGGGAACCCUUUAAGGAAAUUUAAACUGGUCUUUCUCGGGGAACAAAGUGUGGGAAAGACGUCAUUGAUCACCAGGUUCAUGUAUGACAGCUUUGACAAUACGUACCAAGCCACAAUAGGAAUAGAUUUCCUGUCAAAAACCAUGUAUCUCGAAGACAGAACAAUCAGGUUACAGUUGUGGGACACAGCAGGGCAGGAGCGAUUUCGCAGCCUGAUCCCGAGUUACAUCAGAGAUUCAGCUGCUGCUGUCGUCGUGUAUGACAUUACAAACGUCAACUCUUUCCAACAAACUACAAAGUGGAUUGAUGAUGUCAGAACAGAGAGAGGAAGUGAUGUCAUUAUCAUGUUGGUGGGAAACAAGACAGACCUUGCAGACAAAAGGCAAGUAUCUAUUGAAGAGGGUGAGCGGAAAGCCAAAGAACUAAAUGUAAUGUUUAUUGAGACUAGUGCAAAAGCGGGCUACAAUGUAAAGCAGCUAUUCCGUCGCGUGGCAGCCGCCCUCCCUGGCAUGGAUACCACACAGGACAAGAAUAGAGAGGACAUGAUUGACAUAAAGUUGGAGAAACCACCUGAGCAACCUGUCAGCGAAGGAGGCUGUUCCUGCUAGAGUUUUCAACCGGCUGCAGACGUUUUCUGGAAGCCAGUCUUUCUGUAUAUGUUCCCUUCACUACGCCCCUCUCUGUUCCCCCAUCCCGACUAAGAACACUACAGCCAUCAUCCUCAGCCGUUGUUGACACUCUGCUCCUUCAUCCAGAUGCUCUGAAAGCCACAUAUCACUACAGUUAAACAUCACACUGUAACUGACAUAUGUACAAAAAGCACUGACAGCUCGUCCUCACAGAGCGCCUCUUUUCGGUCAUUUCAGAAGAAUUUAUUGUUGCAAGUAUCAUCGGUCAUAUUGGUGUAAAUCUGAACUUUGUUUCAAACCAAACAGAAGAACGACAAAUGUCUGCUGUAAGGCGUCUAUCCAGCAAUGUGUUUAAGAGGGAGAAUAUUCUUUUAACAGAUGAGCAUUGCUUUAAGCCUAGUAAGCUGUGUGAAUGUCGUAUGCAUUUGUCACUUCACAUAAUUUAUGCCGUGGAGACAGAUUGGCAAGAAUUUUUUAACAUUUAUUAGCGCUGAAGAAACUUUUUUAUUAACUGUUCGAUAUACAGUGUGGGAGUUACGCUGACGCUUGUUAAGUUUAAUGAUUAUUCUGGUUUCUCUACAGUGAAACAAUCUGUACAACUGUGAUGCAGCUAAAAUCAGAGGCCUCCUUAGCAGAGUCAGCAGAGACUUUACUAUAAACAUUAUGUUGACUGUACUUUAGGAGCAUUCUCUCACCUUUUUUUAAGCACAUAUGAUGAAAGCACAUCAGAAAAACUAUACAUGAUUAUAAUGCUGCAUAAAUGUACCACAAAAUGACAUGUCAGCCCCAUUCAUAGUCCGGCUCCUGCAUAUAUCCUCAGUGUUUCUUUUUUUACACUGACUUUUUCCCCAAAGAGGACAGCUAAGGUGUCGUAGAGUAUUUUUUUUUCUUUGAUUGUAGUUUUAAAAGAGGAUUUUCACAUAAAGCCCAACACAAACUACAUGGAUUGGGAAAAAAUUUGUCUUUUUAGGGUUAAAUCUUCAAGGGCUUCCCUGGCGUCCACUUUGGAAUGAUUUUGUCUGAACACUUUUAAACCUUUGUUAUAUUUUGCUUGUUUCUACUUUUUGGCUUUGAUCUUUUGUUAGUGAUUUAUCAACACAUGUAUUUAAUCUUCAAUGACUUGAAAUAUUUAUUUCUGUUGGAUUCAUGCUUUUUUUUAUUUUAUUUUAUGGCUGGUAAUGUUUUUUCCUUGUAACAAGCCCCGAAUCACUACUGGGAUCUGUAUUCUUCCGGACCAGCUUUCCCAGAAUCGGUGAGAGAGUCUGCUGUUUGUCUGUCACCUCUGGUUGUUGGGUGUUUGAUCAUACUGAUGACAUUGUGCAAUUCUUGUGAGAACUUAAGCAGGAGAGUCCAAUAUAUAUAUAGUAUAGCUGUUAACAUUUCUGUCUGGAAUGGUUUUAAAUUAAAAAAUAAAUUUACACUUCUCACAA